AUGGCUCAGGUCGACACUCUAGAUAUUAUCGUCCUCCUCCUCCUCCUCGUUGGUAGUGUUGCAUAUUUCACCAAAGGCACCUACUGGGGCGUUCCCAAGGACCCUUAUGCCAGCUCUAAUCUCAAUGGCAGCGCCUCAAAGAAGGGCUCCAGAAAUAUUGUGGAGAAGCUAGAAGAGACUGGCAAGAACUGUGUCAUAUUCUAUGGUUCUCAGACCGGCACUGCUGAAGAUUAUGCCUCCCGUUUGGCUAAAGAGGGCCAUGCUCGCUUUGGUCUCAGUACCAUGACUGCUGACUUGGAAGACUAUGACUUUGAGAACCUCGACACUUUCCCCGAAGACAAGAUCGCCUUCUUUGUCAUGGCUACCUAUGGCGAGGGUGAGCCUACCGAUAAUGCGGUUGAGUUUUGGGAAUUCAUCAAUGCCGACCCUCCUUCCUUCUCCGAAGCCAGCGAAGACAAGCCAUUAGGAAAGCUGAAGUACGUCGCUUUUGGCUUGGGAAACAAUACAUAUGAGCACUAUAACCUGAUGGUCCGGAAUCUUGACAAGAUCCUGACCAACUUGGGUGCUGAAAGAAUUGGCACCGCCGGCGAAGGUGACGAUGGCGCAGGCACAAUGGAAGAAGACUUUCUCGCAUGGAAGGAACCUAUGUGGGCUGCCUUGGCUGAGAAGAUGGGUCUCGAGGAACGCGAAGCCGUUUACGAACCCGUAUUCAGCGUCGAAGAAAAGGAGGACAUGUCUGUCGAAGAUGAUACCGUCUAUCUGGGUGAACCCAACAAGAACCACCUUGAAAAUUCUCAAAAGGGCCCAUACAAUGCCCACAACCCAUUCAUCGCGCCCAUUGCAGAAUCCCGAGAGGUCUUUACCGUCAAAGAUCGCAACUGCCUUCAUGUUGAGGUUGACAUUUCAGGUUCAGGCAUGACAUACACAACCGGUGACCACAUUGCAGUCUGGCCAACCAAUGCUGGCAUGGAAGUGGAUCGUUUCCUCAAGACUUUCGGCUUGGACUCUAAGCGCCACACGGUUAUCAGUCUGAAAGGCCUUGAUCCCACUGCCAAGGUUCCCUUCCCAACGCCCACCACUUACGAUGCCGCCGUCCGAUAUCACAUUGAGAUAUGCGCUCCUGUGUCUCGUCAAUUCAUGGCCACUCUGGCUGCCUUUGCUCCAAACGAGGAGGCCAAGAAGGAAGCCGCCAGGUUGGGUUCAGAUGCCGACUACUUCAAAGACAAGAUAUCGUCUCAGAUGCUCAAUAUUGCCCAGGCUAUCUCAGCGGUGAGCAGUGAGCCCUGGUCUGCUGUCCCCUUCUCGUGUCUUGUUGAAGGUCUGAAUAAACUGCAACCGCGCUACUACUCGAUCUCUUCUUCUUCGGUGGUGCAGCCACAGAAGAUCUCUGUCACUGCCGUGGUUGAGUCUCUUCGCAUUCCCGGUGCUGGUCAUAUCGUCAAGGGUGUCACCACGAAUUAUCUUCUGGCUUUGAAGCAAAAGCAGAACGGCGAUCCGGAUCCAUCUCCCCAUGGCCUCACUUACUCCAUCACCGGCCCCCGCAACAAGUACGAUGGUAUUCACGUUCCGGUCCACGUCCGUCAUUCGAAUUUCAAGCUACCUUCGAAUCCAAACAAGCCUAUUAUCAUGGUUGGCCCUGGCACUGGAGUUGCUCCUUUCCGUGGAUUCGUGCAGGAGCGUGCAGAGCUGGCGAAGAGGGGUGAGGAUGUCGGGCAGACGGUUCUUUUCUUCGGGUGCAGAAAGUCUACAGAGGACUGGCUCUACAAGGAAGAAUGGGAGGCAUACAAGCAAGCCCUCGGCGACAAACUCACCAUCUUCAAUGCCUUUUCCCGAGAACAAGCACACAAAAUAUACGUGCAACACCUUAUCAAACAAAACGGAAAACUUGUCAAUGAGCUUCUACAACAAAAGGCCAACUUCUAUGUCUGCGGUGACGCUGCUCAUAUGGCCCGAGAGGUUAAUGAAGUUCUCGGACAAAUUAUUGCACAAGAACGAGGCAUCGAUGAAAAGAAAGCCGAGCAAGUGGUCAAGAGCAUGCGCAGCAGUGGCGUUUACCAGGAAGACGUCUGGUCGUAA